AUGGCCUCUACUGACGACGUCUCCGAGCUCGAAAGGGUAAGUGUUUGUUUUUGUUUUCCGUAUUUAGAUUGAAUUUGGAGAAAGAAUCACAGAUUAUAUUGUGCUGGAGAAGGUAGGGUAAUAUUGGCUAAAUUAAUAUCUGUUUGAUGCCGCAGGUUAGCGAAUUUUAUUUUAAUAGAUGUGUUAGGUCCUUAGCUUGCUAGUACAUGCAUUUUUUUAAAGCUUAUGCCAGUUUUUUUAUUUUCCGGCUGGAUCGAAUUUGACCUCAAGUAUAAUAUAAUUUUGGUCAUUUUUACUCGAUUUUGGAAAGUUUUAGCUGAAAACUUGUGAAUAUAGUGGGUAAAAUACGUUCUGUAGCUCUUCGAGAAAAGAAAUUGGGUUCAAAACAUACUAUUCGUCCUUAAAGAAUUCUUUUCAGAAGCCUCUUCACAUAAUAGAAUGGUCUCACUUGGAUUUGUGGAAGUAUUACCCUUUGGCGAUGACUACCUCGCUCACAGUUCGAUGUGCUCUCUACCCGACAACAGUUGUUAAGACGAGAUUGCAGCUGCAGAACAAGAGUUCGGUUUAUCGAGGAACUUUCGAUGCUUUUCGACAAAUAGCCAAGACUGAAGGAGUUGGAGCCCUUUAUCGAGUAAGAAACUUAAAUUUUUUUGGUCUUUUUGAUGUUUAGGUAAACUACGGAAGAAUAAUGAAAGAUUUUAUAAUCUCCUUGAAGUUUCUUUGCCGCUUUUGGCAGCUGUUUCUACGGGAUUUUUUAUAUUAUACAUGAUGUUUUAGGGGUUUUGGAUAACUUUCCCUCAAGUUUGCGCUUCCUUCCUAUAUAACACAGUCUACGAGAAGUUUCGAGACGUCAUGAAUCGACAUUCACCUAUCAAUUCUCCUCAACUUCUUUCUGCAUUAGCCGGAGGCGCAGCCAACGCUUGCACUGAAGUGGUCUUCGUCCCAACAGAUAUCGUCUCCCAGUACAUGCAAAUCCACAAUCAGGGAAAAGACUUCACCGGAGGCUCGAAGAAGGGCUCGGUGAUCCAAAACUGUCUGAAGAACGAUGGACUUGAGAAACGGAUGACCUUGGGACUUCGGGUUGUCCGAGCCAUCUACAAAACCGAUGGUCUCCUUGGAUUUUACCGAGGAUUUUGGUCCUCGUUGGCUAUGUUCGUCCCUUCAACUAUGGUGUUUUGGUGGUCCUAUUACGAGGCGUUAAUUAGGAUGAAAAAAGCCAGGGCGAAGUGGCUGACAAAUGGGGAAGAAACGGACUUGGAAAAGUUGCCCUGGAGAGAGCAAAAGUUGUUGGGAUUGCAAGCUGCGGCUGGACUGGUGGCUGGAGUGGUCUCGGCUGGAGUCACAAACCCUCUGGAGGUGUUUCGAGUUCGGAUUCAGGUAAGAAAAAAGGGGUUGGAUAUCGCUUUAGGCCAAAAAUUAUAUUGUACUAGGUAGCUGAUGGAGUUUGAUAAAAAUUCCUGGUUUUUCCUAAGUUCAGGGUCUGAAAUGAGUUGUAAAUGAGAGAGAAGGAAAGAAUCUUCAUUAUUUGCGUUAUUUUAUUUCUUUCUACAUUAAUUUUGCCUAGUAUAAUAUCAAAAAUUUAUUUUUUCCCUCUUCAGAUCCAUCGACUCACAUAUUUGGAGACUUUCAAGCGCAUAGUCAAAGAAGAAGGCUUCAACGUCUUUACAAAAGGCCUUUUGCCCCGAGUGGUUCAUCGCGGAAUCUUCACCUGUCUGAUUAUGAUUGGAUACGAAGCCGUGAAAAGGAUCAGUGUCCUUCCGGAAUACAAGGACACGGUCGUCUGGUGA